AUGGGAGAGGAGGAAAAGUACUCAGUGGAACAAAUUGAGGAGAGGUUCAUGACCAAGCAAUUCGCAGGGCUUCAGAUGGAACGGCCCAUGGACAGCAUGAAGGUCGUCGGCCUCAGCUCCCCUUUUGAAGACGAAUUUGCCAUUGCGAACCUGUCUGGUCUCUCUCCCUACAUGGGCGCCAUUUUCCCUCGACAGUACCAUUACUACGAGCGCGGAGCUAUCGGCCUGGAAAAAACCAUCACUUUCUUCUUCAAGAAAGUCUUGUACCGGCAGCAGGACAAGCGCCUCAUCCUCAAGUCCCCCUCCCACACGGCCCGUGUCCGUGUCCUCCGAGAACUCUUCCCAGGAGCCAAAUUCAUCCACAUU